AUGCGAGGAGCAGACCCAGUGACUACGGGAACCAGCAUCAAUGUUGUACAGUUGCAGCGAGGACGACGACCCUGGACGAAGUGGAACACUGCAAAGGACAACCAUUCAUGUGAGCGUUGCGGCGGCCCCCACGCAACACACAUGUGCCGUCAUCGAAACACCAAGUGCCACCAUAGCGGCAGGAAAGGUCAUCUGGCGAAGGUUUGCAGCAGUGGCCGCCCUCGAGAACGUGGUGCCUUUGCCGUCGAGGAAAUGGAAGGUGAGAGCGAAGAAGAAAUGUUGCUUGCUCUUGUCGGUCACAGCUCCGCCGACAGAGCUACGUUGAAGCCUCUCGAGGAAGAGUUGACGUGGCAGGGCCGGAAAUUGCGAAUGAUUCUUGACACGAGUUCUCCGGUCAGCGUCAUUCCGAUGAACAUAUUUAAGAAACAUCGCAAAUGGUGGCCGGCACUGGAAAAAACUUUUCUCCGCUUAACAUGCUUCCUCGGGCCAUUGCCAGUUGUCGGCGAGAUAACCAUGAGGGUUCAGUCUGGAUCGACUGUUGUGACCAGCACGCUAAUCGUGGUGGCAUGUAACGGCCCACUGCUCUGCGGCCGCAGCACGAUAGAGGGCUUCCGUAAGGCCGGUGUGUCCUUCUGGGACACUAGAACCAGCUCAAGUCUAAAUGUUCUUCGUGUUAACAAGAUGACGCCGCUGCUCGAUGAGUUUUCGCAUCUUUUCGAGAACAAGCUUGGCUGUUGCAAGGGCCCCCCUGUGCAAUUACACCUCAAAGAAGGAGCCCGCCCCCGUUUCUGCAAGGCACGUACAGUGCCUUAUGCCAUGCGCUCCAAAGUUUCGGCCGAACUCGACCGUCUUGUGCAAGACGGAGUGCUUUCGCCGAUAAGCAUUUCAGAUUGGGCAACACCGGUGGUUGCGGUAGCAAAAAAGAACGGCGAUAUACGAUUGUGCGGCGACUUCAAGUUAACAGUCAACCCGGCGUCUCACUUGGAACAGUAUCCCCUGCCCAAAGUUGAAGACAUAUUUGCGGCGCUUUCGGGAGGCGAAGUAUUCAGCACUUUGGACGUACGCAACGCGUACAAUCAGGUGCCACUAGACGACGAAGCCAGAAAGACGGCGGUAGUCAGCACACACCGGGGCCUUUACUGCUACAAUCGCCUAGCAUUUGCGAUUGCUUCAGCCCCCGCCUUGUUCCAGUGA